AUGAUAUUGCCAUCCCACGACCCAAAUAUCUACAAUAAACCCGUUAUCAAAAAGAACCCCAAACUCAUACUCAAAACCCCCGUAGCAAAGAAAGCAAAGGGCCAGAAGAAGAAGAAGAAGCAAAAAGAAGAAGAGGUAGUUGAAGAAGAAGAAAAACAUAAACACAAGAAGUCAAUCAAAAAAUCCGAAGAAACCAAAAACCCAGCUAGAAGAGCCCUAGAUAUAAAAACAAGUCCGGAUAGUAUCUCCAAGAAAAUACAGAGAAGGGCUAAAGAUAAAGUGUUGAAGGUUCUUCGAAUGUCGAAAAGUGGAAUGGUAGAAAGGGGUGUUAUGUUGCAUUCUCGUCUUAACGCUGCGAGAUCAGAGGUUGUAAGAAGUAUGUAUGUAUAG